AUGCUGGAAGAAAGUACCCCUGCAGACGUCAGCGAAGAAGAUCUUCUUGCUUGCCAAAAAUUCUUCGAGAACGGCGUCUACCAAAUCUACUCCACGACAACCCACGAGUGGAUCAAGCCCCUCCUAGUCGAAAAGGCAAAGCAGUCGACCGCACUCUUCGUGGUCUGCGCGACCAUCCAAAUCUGCUUCGACGACGACGGCCUCUCCCUGCGCUUCCACCACCAGUUCGAGCGCGCCCUGCGCACCUUCCAGGCCGAACUAUCCGCGUGCAACGGCGUCAUCAGAAGCAGCACUUUCGGCGCCGGGUUGCUGCUCUGCACCCUUUCCCUCCUCCAAGGCCUGCGAUGGACCUCCCACAUCCUCUGCAUGGCCGACCUGUACAACCUGCACGGCGCUCUCGACACCACCGUCGACUCUGACCCGUACACCCACCACUGCCUCGAAGUCAUGGGCAUCAUGGACCUCCCGGGCUUCGUCCUGGGCCGCACGACGACGCAUCUCGGCUUUUGGCGGCGUUUCCGCAGCGCCCAGCAGCGGCAGCGGCAGCAGCGGGGGGAUAAGGAGGGCACGGAAGUAGAAGGAGAGGAAAAUGACGGCAUCGAGCCCGUCUCGGGCCUGCCCCGCUCGCUCCUCGACCUCUUCGCCCGCGCCGACGAGCCCGGCGCCGAGACGCGGUUCUGGCUCUGGCCUGGCGGCGGCGGCGAGACCGAUGGCGAGUUCGUGCAGGCGCAGCUGUGGGACGCGUGGCGGUAUGCGGGGAUACUUGACCACAGGCGGCGGUGGCGAGGACGGUCGGCAGGUGCUGCGCGUGAGGAUGCUUCUGGGGCUGGGGUCAUCGUCAUUCCGAGCACGGAGCGGCUAUUAUUUCGGCUGCUGAGCUGCCUCGAAGCGGUGCGGCUGGGCCUGGAGCAGCCGGAGUGCGGGCACCUGCUCGUCGGCAACGGCACGUUUUAUCCGUUCGUCAUGGCCAGCUUGGAGUUUGGGGUCUUGGACCAGCGGCCGGCUUGGAGGCUGGCGCUGGAUCGGUUUUGCGACAAGUUCCUCAGGCCCGACCGCAGUCGCAAUGUUCGGGUUCUGCUGGAGGCGAUUGGGGAUGCGCGGAGGCGGGGAGACGAGGCUUUUGAUGCGGAUACGGCUAUGAGGGCUCAGGGGGUGGAGAUAGCUCUAUUCUGA